ACAGUUCAGUCUUGUUGGAGUUGACAUCCUCCAGGUGUGGAGGCUUUUUUCUUUCCCUCUUCUCUCUGAGUUUCAGACACCAGGAUGGCAGCAGCUUCAGCAUCCUCGGGACAGGGAAGCAGCAAAAUAACUCCUGAAGCGCUGCAGGAGAUGCUCCACUACUACAACCUGAGCCGCCAGCAGUUCAUCAACACCUACAACAUCCAGCCGCUCGUCUACGUCCCCGAGUUGCCGUACAGCGCCAAGACCACGUUCGUGGUCAUGUACGUGGUCAUCUUCGUGCUGGCGCUGACCGGAAACAGUUUGGUCAUCUACAUAGUUGUGAAGAAACGGGCGAUACAGACGGCCACGGACAUCUUCAUCUGCUCGCUGGCGGUCAGCGACCUCCUCAUCACUUUCUUCUGCAUCCCUUUCACUUUGCUGCAGAACAUCUCGUCUGAGUGGUUCGGAGGAGUUCUGGUUUGCAAGACUGUUCCCUUUGUACAGACCACAGCCAUAGUGACAGGCAUUCUCACAAUGACCUGCAUUGCCAUUGAAAGAUACCAGGGCAUUGUUUUCCCCCUGAAAAUGAGGAGGCAGUACUCAUCCAAGAGAGCUUACAAGAUGCUAGGACUUGUAUGGAUCGCCUCGAUGAUAGUUGGCUCACCCAUGUUGUUUGUGCAGCAGCUAGAGGUGAAGUACGACUUCUUGUACGAUCACUACCACGUGUGCUGCCAGGAAAGCUGGCACUCUCUGACCCACAGGCAGGCUUACACCACCUUCAUCAUGGUGGCUCUCUUCCUGCUCCCCCUGGCUGCCAUGCUGUUCAUUUACACACGCAUUGGCAUCGAACUGUGGAUCCGGAACAGGGUGGGUGACUCAUCCGUCCUCAACACCAUGAACCUCAGAGAGAUCAAAAAGAUCUCAAGGAAGAAGAAACGGGCCGUGAAAAUGAUGAUCACCAUUGUUCUGCUGUUCACCAUUUGCUGGGCGCCGUUCCACACGGUCCACAUGCUGUUCGAGUACUAUGACCUGGAGAACAAAUACGAUGCAGUCACCGUUAACAUGAUCAUCGCCAUCGUUCAGGCCAUCGGGUUCUUCAACAGCUUCAACAAUCCCAUCGUGUAUGCCUUCAUGAACGAGAACUUCAAGAAGAGCUGCGUCUCCACGCUCUCCCACUGCAUCAGGAAACCUAACCCGCCGUGCGUCGCUGUGGUGACACCUAAACUCACCGUACAGUUCAUCAAACCCCAGAGCAGGGAAGCCUUUCUAGAGUCAGGCGAGAACAACGGCUCAUCGAAGCACGCCGUCGAGAAGCGCCCUUCGGGCUCAUCACACAGAAGGAGCUCUCUGGAAGUAGAAGUAGAGAAAAUCUCCACAAUCCAAACAGAUCUCCCAGCAACCAGCUCCCUGAUCAAAUGAGAAGUGUCUUAGAUGACAAUCACUUGGAGAAGAAGCUAUGAGAGGGUUCAAUCUGUCAAAUUAGUGGUUAAAAAGCUCAACAAGACAACAACAACCUCACUGCAAUGAGUUUUUGGUUUUUUUCGUCAGGGAAAGCGGAAUGAAGGAAUUCAUCCAAAUAUAAAAAUGUGAUUAUAAAACAUGCUCUGGGAACAGACUGUCAGGGGUCAGGGGUCACGCACUGAAAUGCCAGCAUUCAUUUGUGAAGAGAUGUCUGAUACCUGCACGAGGUUCAGCCCCUUCAUCGCUCAGCGAGCACAUUGUGUCGUUAGGACUCAGGACGCAACGCAACUGUGAACACUGCAGUCACACUGUGAAAACUGUGCGGACGUGACACACAGACGCACGCAAAUGUAAAAAAUAUGG